AUGACGCCCACGUCCCAAUUAUGUCCCACAGCCAAAAUCAUUAGCAGCAUCUUGGAUGGAGCCUCGGAACGCGCACUGCUGCUGGCAUCCGAUGGCACUGUGUUGCAUCGCAAUGAAGCAGCCGAACAUUUUUUGUGCAAAGGCAGCUCCAUCACCCAAAUCCUCGCGUGUCCGGCAGCAGAAAACAAUAGAUGGUGGUCCCUGGAUCACUGUCGCAUUGUCAUGGCGGAUGGAACGACCACACGAAGCGAACGCAACAUUCAUUGGGUCACCACCGAGUGUCCCUGCUGUCCUGCCUCCACCACUUACUACACGGCCUACAUUUGCACCAAACACGAACGCGUCCGAGAAGUGGUCGAUCAUGCUUUGGAUCCAGUCAUUACAAUCAACGACAGAGGCAUUAUUGUCACGGCAAACGACGCUGCCACGGACUUGUUCCAAUACACCGAGGGUGAGCUUGUGGGUCACAAUAUCAGCAUGCUUUGUGGUGGGGAACAUGCCAAGAAACACGAUGCCUAUCUGCAGAAUUACCUCCAAACGGGAGUGCGUCGUAUUAUUGGUAAGAAGAGAGAGGUAACGGCUAAAAAGAAGGAUGGGACCGAAGUGCCUUGUGAGUUGGGCAUUCAAGAAAUCAAAGAUGUUUCCACCGGGAAUCGAUUCUUUUGUGGAUUCUUCAAAGACUUGACACUCUUGAAGCAACAUGAAGCCAUGUUACAGGAAAAACAAGCCCUGGCACAGGCCAUGGUGAAUGCUUCGUUUGAUGGAAUGGUGGAAAUUGAUCAGCAGGGGAUCAUACAAAUCGUAAAUGACGCCGCUUGCAACAUGUUUGGGUACACCAGAGAAGAGUUUUUAGGAAGCAACAUUUCACUUAUUUGUGGCGAUGGCCAUGCCAAAAACCACGAUGCCUACCUGCAACGAUACAUGGAAACGGGACAAAAGCGAGUGAUUGGGCAAAAACGACAGGUAAAAGCGCGGAGGAAGGAUGGGACAGAGUUGGAGGUGGAACUGGGUGUGCAGGAAGUUACUCUUUUCUCGGGAAAGAAGGCAUUUUGUGGAUUCAUCCGAGACAUGACACAGCAAAGGAAAGACAAAAGGGCAUUGCGAAAGCAGCAACAGCUCAUUCAUGGCAAAUUCUUUGGAGGUGAGGAGUAGUGGCUGUUUGAAACAAAAAAGUUCAAGAGCAUUCAUACGCGGUGCAUGCACAUGCAAUCCCUCUUGAGGUGCAGGUGUUAGAUAGAUGUUGUGCUAAUGGCAGUGUAGAAUUCUGUAAAGUCAGACC